GGCGUGGCUGAGCGCGCCACCGUUCCUCGUCAGGACCGAGGACUGAACUCACACAGGCGGUGAAGUCAGCCGCUGCGGGACGAGCUCUGUUAGAGAGAGUGUGUGUGUGUCUGUGUGAGUCUGUGAGUCUGAGGAAAAGAAAGCGAAAGAAAGUUAGUUUGGCUCUGUAUGUAUGUGUGAGUGUGUGAAAUAGCGAACUGAGGCACCAGAAAGCUUCGGGGCAGGCAAAGAGACAGCCUGUUGUCCAUCAUGAUGCCCAUCAUGAAUGUUCAUCUGAGUCUCCUCAUGCUGGCUGUCUGUGUAUUUGGACAAGAGCUCCCAUCAAGCCCUCAUGGCUGCACUGAGGGAAGCUGUUACCCUGCAACAGGAAACCUCCUGAUUGGACGUGCUGUCAAUCUAACGGCCACCUCUACUUGCGGCCUUAAUGGACCAGAGCGAUAUUGUAUUGUCAGUCAUCUGCAGCAACCAGAGAAGUGUUUUGAGUGCAACUCCCAGCAUCCCUACGACCCGAAUGUACACUCAAACAGUCACCGCAUUGAAAAUGUGAUCUACCUCACAGACAGCAACGGAGUCAACACCUGGUGGCAAUCUGUCCAUGGCCAGGAGAGUGUCAGCAUCAGACUGAACCUGGAGGCUGAAUUCCACUUUACACAUCUCAUCAUGAAGUUUAAGACUUUCCGACCUGCAGCUCUGGUCAUUGAGCGUUCAGCUGACUUUGGCCGAACAUGGCGUCCCUACCGCUACUAUGCCUCCAACUGUACCAGAACCUUCCCCAGCAUUCCUGCCAAUGGCUUGCACCAUGUCAAUGACAUCAUCUGUGAGGAACGCUACUCUGACAUCGAACCCUCCACUAAUGGAGAGGUUAUUUAUAAAGUGCUGGAUCCUGCCAUUCCAGUGAAAGACCCCUACAGGUUAGAUAUUCAAGAACUUUUGCGCAUCACCAACCUGCGCAUUAACUUCACAAAGCUCAACACUCUGGGAGAUGACCUUCUGGACCGACGCCCUGAAGUCCUGCAGAAAUAUUACUAUGCUAUCUAUGAGCUGGUAGUGCGAGGGAGCUGUUUUUGUUAUGGACAUGCUUCAGAGUGCGCUCCUGUGCCGGGGAUUGACACCAGGGAGAUCGGCAUGAUCCAUGGUCGCUGUGUGUGCAAACACAACACAGAAGGCCUGAACUGCGAGCGCUGCCGAAACUUCCACAAUGACCUGCCGUGGAGACCAGCGGAGGCAGAGAACCCUCACACCUGCAGAGAGUGUAACUGUAAUGGCCACUCAGACCAGUGCCACUUUGACAUGGCAGUGUAUAUGGCAACGGGUAAUGUUAGUGGAGGAGUUUGUGAUGACUGUCUGCACAACACUAUGGGACGCAACUGUGAGACGUGUAAACCUUUCUACUACCAAGAUCCAAACAGAGAUAUUAGAGAUCCACGGGUUUGUGUCGCCUGUGACUGUGACCCAGUGGGGUCAUUGGAGGGAGGCGUGUGUGAUACCCACACCGACUUUGAAAUGGGAAUGAUUGCGGGACAGUGUCGCUGCAAAGUCAACGUGAAGGGGACGCGCUGUGAUGACUGCAAGGAGGGUUAUUAUGGACUCAGCCAGAAUGACCCUUUGGGUUGCCAACCUUGCAACUGUGACCCUCGUGGCAUCAUUGUGAUGGGAGCUCCUUGUGAUCAGAUCAGUGGGGACUGCUCCUGUAAAAGAUAUGUCACCGGCCGCUACUGCAACCAGUGUCUGCCUGAAUACUGGGGCCUCAGUAAUGACCUGGCAGGCUGCAGACCUUGUGACUGUGACUUUGGAGGAGCCUUUAACAACAGGUGCAUGAUGGAAACCGGCCAGUGUGACUGCAGGAGGCACCUAAUUGGCCGGCAAUGCUCUGAUGUGCAGCCUGGGUAUUUCUGUGCUCCACUGGACUUCUACAAGUAUGAGGCCGAAGAUGCCACCGGACACUCCCCUGCUGACCCCGUACUGCCGGGCCAAGUUCGCCAACAGGCAACUAAUGACUGUGUUCAGCACCUCAGCAACCAGCUCAGGAGGCACCGGCGGCACCGUAACAUUCCCAAGUCGCAGCAACAUCAGGCAGCACUGAGACGUAUUCGGCAGCUUCAACAAACACCGGAUGUGAGGACCGUUCAUAGAGAACGCACUCUCAGCCAUAUGGUGACAUGGACAGGACCUGGUUUUUCCCGCGUUAAAGAUGGCGCUGGUCUGGUUUUCACCAUUGAUAACAUACCCUAUGCCAUGGAGUAUGACAUCAUGAUCCGCUAUGAACCUGAGUCUACAGAGAACUGGGAGGCUGUUGUUAGUAUUACAUCUGUAGAAUUGCCCUCCAGUCUCCGGUGUGGAAACCUCCUACCUACUGAACAGCUCUACACUGUCACUUUGCCACACCACAACAGAUACAUCCAGAUGCCCAGACCAUUUUGUUUUGAGCCCAGCAAUCGUUACGUGGUUACAGUCAGGUUCCAGCGUCAUGGCGCCACACACAGACAUCUCACUGCCUUCAUUCUUAUUGACUCGCUGGUAUUGAUCCCUAAAUACACGGAGCUUCCUGGGUUUCAAGGUAACACACCAGAGUCAGAGCAGCGUCAGGAGGAGAUGAUCCGCUACAUGUGUCUUGAUUCCUUUAUGAUCACUCCAAUGCCUGCACUGGCUGAGAUGUGCUCCAAACUCAUCUGCAGUAUUUCUUCCAUUAUUCACGACGGUGCCCUACCCUGUGAGUGUGACCCUCAGGGCUCCCUCAGCGGUGAGUGUGACGUGGUGGGAGGUCAGUGCCGUUGUAAACCCAACGUGAUUGGGAGGCGCUGUGACCAGUGUGCCCCGGGGACCUACGGCUUUGGUGUGAGCGGCUGCACUGCCUGUGACUGCCACUCCGACGGCUCAUUGAGCCACCAGUGUGACCCAGUUACAGGCCAGUGUCAGUGCAGACAAGGAGCCACCGGGCGGCAGUGCUCUGACUGCCAGCCGGGCCAGUGGGGCUUCCCCAGCUGCACCCCCUGUCAGUGUAAUGGCCAUGCAGACCUCUGCGAUCCCCGCACGGGAGAAUGCAGAGGCUGCAGGGACUUCACAGCAGGACAUCUCUGUGAGCGUUGUAUGGACACGUUCUUUGGAAACCCAGCACUUGGAUCAGGGCAGCACUGCCGGCCCUGCCCCUGCCCAAAUAACCCCAACUCCGAUAACUUCAAUGCGUUAUCUUGUCAGGUUGACCACACCUCUGAUCAGAUCAUGUGUAACUGCAAACAGGGCUACAUGGGUCUUCGGUGUGACCAGUGUGCCCCUGGUUACUAUGGCAACCCUGAGCAGCCUGGCGGACAGUGCUUCCCAUGUGAGUGCAACGGCAACAUAGACACCCAGGAUCCUGAGUCGUGUGACCCCAGGACUGGCGAGUGCAUCAAGUGCCUGUACCACACUGACGGCCCGUCUUGCGCCCAGUGUCAAAACGGUUACUAUGGCAACGCUUUGGCCCAUGAUUGCAGACGAUGUACCUGUGUGACUGCUGGUACCCUCCAGUCUGCUUGCAGCGAUGGACACUGUGACUGUGAUCGGCAGACUGGAGCUUGUCCCUGCAGGGAGCAUGUGGUAGGCCAUAACUGUGACCAGUGUGCACCUAACUACUGGAACUUCGGUCAGGAUCGGGGCUGUGAGCCGUGUAACUGCAACUCGCAGCAUGCUCUGGGAAGUCACUGCAACAUGUUCACAGGCCAGUGUCACUGUCAUUCAGGCUUUGGAGGUAAACAAUGCACCGAGUGUGAGCUGUUCCACUGGGGAGAUCCACGGGAGCAGUGCCACGAAUGCAACUGUAACCCAGAGGGAGCAGAGAUUUCCCAGUGUGACAGAUUAACGGGUGCGUGUGAAUGCCGGGAAGGAGCCACGGGACUGCAGUGCAACCAGUGCGCUCGUGGUUUCACCGGCAUCUUCCCAAAAUGCAUCCAGUGUCACCCGUGCUUCCAGCUCUGGGAUGACGCCGUGUGCCAGAUUAGAAGGGACCUGGAUCACAUCCAGUCCAGAGUGCAGGAGAUCCUGAAGGGUGGCAUCACACCGGGAGCCGGGGAUGUGCGCAUCAAAGAGCUGGAGGGGAAGCUGAAGCAGGUGAAGGAUCUGAUCAUUACGCAGGACAGGGACAGGGUCUACCAGCUCAUUGGCCAGAGCAUUGAUGACCUCAGGGCUGAGAUUGCCCUCACUGAUGGGCGUCUGAUGGCCAUGGGCCAAGAGCUGAAUACGACAGCAGAAACAGACAGGACACUCCGACACACGCUGGAUAACAUGGAAAAAGAGCUGCGGGACCUCAACACCACUGUGGCUGACAAACAGAAGCUGCUGAAUGAACUGUUCAGCUCAGGGUUUGCAGAUCAGUUUGAGAAAGUGAAGCAGUACUACCAGGAAUCGCUGGAGGCUGAGAUGAAAUGCAACGCUUCGGUGUUUGGUCCUAUGAGUCCUUUGGAAGAGUCAAAUAAGACCAGAGCACGCACAGAAAACCUGCUGGAUGAAAUUGAAAACGACAUUAACCGUAAUGUGGCUGCUCACAACAAAUCACUCAACGACCUACAAAAACAAGCUCACGACCUCCAUAAACAGGUCAAUCACCUGAGCAACCAGGUGUGUGGUGGUCACAGCAAUAGCAGCGUCAAUGGCAGUUGCCCAGACAGUCGGUGUGGUGGCGCCGGCUGCCAUGACGAUCAGGGAAACCGUGUAUGUGGAGGAGUGGGAUGCAGCGGGACUGUGGGCACAUCUGUAGCUGCGCUGAAUGACGCCAGGAACGUUACAGACAGUCUGAACACUGCCAGUAAGGAGCUGCAGAAAGUCUCCAAAAAGCUCCAGGACAUAGCUGCUAUGACACAAAACCUGAAGAACCAGACGAUAAACACGCUGGAAAAAGCCAACAAGUUGAGCAAGGAGCUUAAAGAAAGCAAUAAGAACCUGACAGAGUUCAUUGAGAAGAUCAAAAACUUUCUCACUGAGGAGGGAGCCGACCCAGAGAGCAUAGAGAAAGUGGCUCAGGAGGUCUUGUCGAUCACACUGCCACUGAACAGGACCGUUCUGGACAAAAUGAUCGCGCAGAUAAAGGAAAGUCUUUCCAACAUCGGCAAUAUUGAGGGGAUUGUCAAUCAAACCACACUGCACACCACUAAAGUCAAGGAGCUUCUUGAUGCAGCUAAACAGGCCAAGAGACGAGCAGAGGAAGUGAAAGACAUGACCAAUAUUACCAAGGAGGCAUUAAAAGCGUCUGGAAAGGCCAUAGAGAAAGCACAGGCUGCCCUGAAAGAAGCCCACAACAACCUGAACAGCACAAGAAACGCUACUGCUGAGGUGGAGGGAAAGCUGGUGAGGUUAGACGCCAAGCAGAUGGAUGUCAUGAUGCGUUUAAUGAACCUUUCCAAGGAGGUGGAAGCUCUGAAGAACAAGACGGAGCAGAACAGACAGAUGGCAAUCGAGGCUAAAGCACUGGCCGACAAUGCCACUGACCUAACAUCUUCACUGGAGCAGAGCCUCAACGACACAAAGAAACAGUAUCGUGAGCUGCAGAUGAAGAUCGAGUCUCUUGGUGGGGUGUCUGGAGGUCUGAAGGACAUCAACCAGAGGGUCAAAGAUCUCAAAGAGGAUGCAGAAGAAUUACUCAAGAAUGCCACCAGUGGUAUAACACAACUGGACCAACUUGAGAAAAUGUUCAAAAACAACGAGAUGAGGAUGGAGAAGCAGCGCAUUGAGUUGGACGAGCUGAAAGACAACGCAACUAGUGUGCGGGACGAGAUCCGGGAUCGAGUGCAGAAGUACAACACCUGUCUGCGAUGAUGCCUCCUACAUGUCAUCAGCUGCUGUAGUAGAGGAGAGUUAGAACUGCUGUUGUGACUGGAAAAGAGAAAAUUUGUCACCCAUGAAAAUAAAACGCUGCUCUGGAGGUUCCUCCAUUCUUUCACUGGUAUUUCAAGUUUUACACAUUACCUGCAAGUGUUAUGUCACAGAAAUGCCUUCAACUGUCCAUGUACUGUUUGAGUCCUCAAUAUCACCCCUGCCCUUGGUGGUGUUCAUGUAUUUAAGCUAUUACAAUAGGCGGAUAACCUGUGAAGAGCAUUUAUUUCACUCUAUAGCCAAUAAUAACGGAUGGAAUUGAUUUACUGUAUGCGGAAAGACUAUAUCAGAGUAUAUUAUCAGUUACCUAUACCAAAAGUGCUUUCAAGAUGUUGAGUGUUUGUGUUGUUUGACCACAUUAGUAUGGGGUGUACACACUGAUAUUCCUAUUAAAUUUUUUGAAAGUAC